AUGCUUGAGGCUAUAAAUUCUCCAGUGGUAUCCUUAAAGUCCGUCUUGCGUCCUAGCAUACCAGUACCAGGCUUAGUAAUCUGUGGAAAAACAUUAAACAGUACUGUCCAAUGUUUUAAAAGUGAAUUUAAUUCUGCUGAUGAUGAUUAUUCUCAAGGCAAAAGUUGUAAUGAAUAUAUAUCAGAUAAACCAAUUAAUGCGUCAAUUUUUGUUAAUAUUCGUGGAUACUAUGAGCUUGAUCAACAACACUGUCAUAUCUUAAACUCUUCACGACCAUUUAAUAAGUCUUACGGCGAAAGUCCUCUCGUAUUUGACAAUUCUACCCAAAAAAUUGUCAUUGCAUUAUGGUCAUAUGAAAAUGCUAACAACACUGUAUUGAACACGACUGCUGAUCGUUGGUUUGAAUAUGGAACAUUUACUGAACUUGAUGAUUAUAAGUAUACUAAAUUCCAAAUCGUUAAAAUGCCUUCUAUAUCAUAUUUAUAUUUUAAAAGAAUGGAAAAGUAUGGUACCGACACAAUCAGUGCUUUAACUGGGGGUGGAACUGGACAAGCAAUUCAAAAGUCUGUAAAGCUUGAUGAAACAUUUACAAGUUUUGCAAUAGCAGGAUUUGGAGUUAGCAGCGAUCUUUGGGAAGUUUUUAGAAUUAUACCUUCAGAAUUUGUUAGUAAUUUAAAGACAAAUUCUCAAGAAUAUUUGGUACAACUUUGGUAUGAUCGAAUAGAAUUUACACUUUUUCAACUUACUGCCAAUAUGGGAGGUUUCCUAAGUGUCCUUAGUUUUACUUAUUUAAUUUUAUUUGGGUCAAGAAAAAUAAAUCCCUGGGGUGUUAUUCAACGUCAU